CCCGACACCAACCUUCCCUCCUCUCUAGGGUUUUCUCGUUCGCGCAAUGGGUAAGGGAACGGGGAGCUUCGGCAAGCGGCGCAACAAGACACACACUCUCUGCGUCCGCUGCGGCCGCCGCAGCUUUCAUCUCCAGAAGAGCCGCUGCGCCGCCUGUGGUUACCCCUCUGCUCGCAUCCGCAAAUAUAAUUGGAGCGUGAAGGCGAUAAGGAGGAAGACGACUGGCACUGGGAGAAUGAGGUAUCUCCGCCACCUUCCACGACGGUUCAAGAGUAAUUUCCGUGAAGGUACUCAAGCAGCUCCAAGGAGCAAGGCGGCGGUUGCUGCCUCAUCUUAAACUGUGAGGAAAGAUACGAUUUUUAUGAGUAAUUUUGUGGGCUGCUGCUGUUAUUUUGAUUUGUUUUGAAUGCUAGAACUCGUUUUGAGUGUUCUCUGUCAUGGCAUUGUCCUGAAUUUCAUAUUAUCUAAUUAGAGGAUUUUGAGAUGAAUUUAGUUGCUACCUUUACUUGUUUGUGUUGAUUGUUUAAAAUUA